AUGUCGGACCAAGCAGCACCCGCGGCUCCCCCCAAUGCCGAACAGGAGCGACUGGCAAAAGAGGCCAAGGCCAAGCGCAAGGCCAACGCCCGCCAGAAGCGAGCCGAUGAACGAAAGGCCAAGCGUCACGUCAAGGCCCAGGCCAAGCGCGAGCGAAAGCUAAACGUCACGCGCAGCGGCAAGUGGACUGACGAGCGCAGGGCCGAGAUGAAGGCCAAGAAGAUGGCCAAUCGGCCCCAAAAGAUGGAGAGGAAGCGUCAGCGCCUGCUGGCCCGCAAGAAGAAGCUGGAGAUCCAGGCUCACAAGCUCCUGGCCGAUGCCAAGAAGGCGGGUGAGCUGUACGAGGCCAUGACCAGGCUCAAACAGACCGAGGAGGCCGAGAAGAAAGCUUCCGAUGCCAAGAGCUACGAUCUCUUGAUUGACGACAGCAGCGACGCCGCUUCCGUUGCCUCAUCCUCGGACUCAUCCUCGGACUCUUCCUCGGAUAGUGACGGCGGUGCCCCCGUCCCCGCUACACCUGCUCCUGCGGCACCCGCAGAUGAGAUUGCCCUCAAGCGACGCCGAGAAAGUGACGCUUCCUCUGCUCGCAAUGCGGCGUCCGCUCCCUCGUCAGCGGCCAAACCCAAAGCGGGUGAAGACCCCAAGCCCAAGAAAGACGGCAAGGUGAAGUCGCUGUCUGAGAAUGCCGAGGCGGAGCCAAAGAAGGAAAAGAAGCCAAAGGCUAAGAAGGUCAAGUCUGAGGAGACCGAGGCAAAGGACGCUGAUGGAGACGUCGAAAUGACCGAGACCAAACCCGAAUCUUCCUCCAAGACUGCCAAAGUCCAAAUCAAGGAGGAGCACGAAAAGGAGAAGUCUUCCAAGGCGUCCAAGGGUAAACGGAAGCGUGACGGUACUUCCGAAGAGACUGGAAACGUUGAGGAACCCGUCGCCAAAAAGGACAAGAAAGAGAGGAAGGAAAAAAAGGAAAAGAAAGACAAGAAGGAGAAGAAAGACAAGACCAAGGGCAAAAAGGAAGCAGAGGAUGUAGCCAACGGCGAAGCGCCCGCACCCAACGAGGCUGAGAAGUGGAACGUCGGUGAGCUGGAGGGAGGGUCUGCCCGGCAGGACAAAUUCUUGCGCUUGCUCGGAGGCAAAAAAUCAGGUGUUGCUGCGCCGGGCAAGUCGGACCACAAGACCACAGAGAAGUCGACGUCCACCAAGGCCGAAGCGGACAUUCAACGUCAAUUCGAGGCGGGCAUGAAGAUGAAGUCCGAGGGAACUGGCCAGCGACGCGGUCUCGGUGCCUAG